AUGCUUUUGUGUGUCCCCAACGAGAUUUUGCUUCACAUUUGCACCAUUAUCGAGUGCAAAGAUUGGGAAGGCGGAUGGGAUACCAAGUCCUCCUACGAGGCACUCUUGUCUCUGAGCCGCGUUUGCAAGCGAUUGCGUGUGAUUGCAGAGUUCCAUCUCUUUCGAAGCAUUUUUGUCCUCGAGGAGGACCCUGAUGAGAAAUGGAUGCAACUUGCAAGACGCCUGCAACAGGAUCCUGAGUGGGGUCUCACCGUGAGGACGUUCUGCUCCCAGAGAUACGAUCCCAUGGCGCAUCCAUACUUCCUCGACUGGAUUACCAAGCAUUUCAAAAAGCUUUCCUCAUCACCUGACCGUGAUAGAAUCCCCCAAGGUCUCAGGACUGUCAUACAGCAGGAGUUGAAAUUCAGAAUAUUCAAACGGCCAUACAGAAGUUUGAAAGUGCUUCUCAUGCUUCUCAUGCCUGAGCUGAGACACCUCGAGCUCUGGAUUACUGACCUCAAAUCUACGCCGUUUCUUUUGACUGAAGCAUUUGAAGGUGACCAAGACAAAGGUUAUGCUGGGUUUGAGCCCAACGAAGGGGGUCAGGUGUAUAAAGGUAUCCCGGAUAUCCUCCUUUUCCGCCAUCUCGAGUCGGUAACUCUGAGAGCCUAUGAUGACAAACUGGGCUCCCCAAUACGGUGUAAAACAGUCAGCGGUCUCUUCAACCACCCAAGCAUCAAGGCUCUGAGAUUUGACGGCUUUGCAUUGUUGCAAUAUACUUGUUCGAAGUUGGGCUGGAGCAAGGCGCCCAGCAACCUGACUAGGCUCGACCUUGAAAACUGCAUCCUACAGCCCAUGUCCCUCCAAAGCAUCAUGGAGAAAUGCACAAGCCUCACCCAACUCAAUAUGGGCCUCAUAGGCUACGGAGACGUGAAAGAUGCUAGUCAUAAUCUUGAGGAGUUUGGCGACGUUCUCAGAGCCCAUGGGCAAAACCUGAUCGACCUUUCAAUCACGAAACCAAUGUGGGAUCCUCACCUCGCUGAUUGGAAGAACUACAUCGGAAGUCUCAGAAAACUGGAAGUUCUGAGACAUCUAUCCAUCGGUAGGUUGAACUUUGUUGGGCCCAUAGAUAAUGAGAAUAAGAGGUACAUAACCAUACACGACAAACUUCCUCCGUCCUUGGAAACUCUCACCAUUGAAGCAGAGAUGACGGGCUGCUCGUGUGACUUGGAUAGAGCCAGAGAGACAGAAGAGCUAGUUUGCGACAUGCUCAUGUAUGAACCACUUCCGCGGAGCUUGAAAAAAAUAUACAUGAAGUUGCUACGGGGGCCAGACGCUCAAGGUUAUGAAGUGAAGGAAGCUGAUAACCUUGGGGCCUGGCAAGUCGGGAAGAAAGGUGUAUGGGUGCGGAGACGCAAGAGGGCAAGGGGGGACGAGGAUGAUGACGAUAAUGAAGAGGAAGAUGAAGAGAUCGAGGAAGAUGAUGAGAGCGAGGGCGAGGGCGAGGAGAAAGAUGAGGAAGUUGAGGAGAAAGAGAUCGAGGAGGUCGAGGAGGUCGAGGAGGUCGAGGAGGUCGAGGAGUGCAGGGAGUUGGAAGAGCAUGAGGAGUGGUCGGAGUGCGAGGAGGAUGUGGAUUAUGAAAAGGACAAGGAGUAUAGAGUGAUUCAAUUCAUCAGCAGUGCGACUCGGACUGGAUAA